UGCGUGUGUGUGUGUGUGUUCAUCGGUUUCUCCUCCCUUCUUUUUUCUAUUUAUUUAAGAUUUUCCAAUCUCUACAAUUCACUCAGUUUUACAACAGUCACUGUUCUUUCAAAAAUAUUUUCUUUUGUAUGAACAAUCUUUCUUGAAUGAAUUCAAUUAUCCCAUACUGAAGAAAGGAGUAAUAAUCUUCUUUUAUCAACCAAUAAAUCUUAAAUAUAAUUCUUGUUAUCAACCCAAAUCUAAAAUCUUACUACAAAGUACAAACCCACCCUUUUGCCACGAAUCUCUAGAGCUAAAGUAGUUGUGGUCCAUGGCGAUUGCAGCAGCAACUGUCAUCGUUCCAUUGGGCAUUCUUUUCUUUAUCUCUGGCCUCUUUGUCAAUCUCAUUCAGGCGGUAUGCUUUGUUCUCAUUCGGCCUCUGUCCAAGAAGACGUAUAGAAAGAUCAAUCGUGUUGUGGCAGAGUUGUUGUGGCUUCAACUUGUAUGGCUUGUUGAUUGGUGGGCAGGAGUUAAGAUUAAUGUUUUUGCAGAUAAUGAAAGCUUCAGUUUAAUGGGUAAGGAACAUGCCCUUCUCUUACCCAAUCACAGAAGUGAUAUUGAUUGGUUAGUUGGAUGGGUUCUGGCUCAGCGAUCAGGUUGUCUUGGCAGUUCAAUAGCUGUGAUGAAGAAAUCAUCAAAAUUCCUCCCGGUCAUAGGUUGGUCAAUGUGGUUUUCUGAGUAUCUGUUUUUGGAACGAAGCUGGGCCAAGGAUGAAAACACGAUAAAGGCAGGCCUUCAACGUUUAAGGGACUAUCCACAGCCAUUUUGGUUGGCGCUUUUUGUAGAAGGAACUCGCUUUACGCAAGCAAAGCUUGUAGCAGCUCAAGAAUAUGCGACCUCACAAGGAUUGCCUAUACCUAGAAACGUUUUGAUUCCUCGUACAAAGGGUUUUGUUUCAGCUGUAAGUCAUAUGCGAUCAUUUGUCCCAGCCAUUUAUGAUAUUACAGUGGCUAUUCCCAAAAGCUCACCUUCACCUACAAUGCUUAGACUUUUCAAGGGGCAAUCUUCUGUGAGUUUGAUGUGCGUCUUCUCAAAGGACUUCACUUUUAAAUUCUGUAUUAUCGUGAAGUUCAGACCAAGUUUAAAGGUACACGUACAUAUCAAACGACACCUCAUGAAGGAACUGCCUGAAAUGGAUGAGGCUGUUGCACAAUGGUGUAAAGAUCUGUUUGUGGAGAAGGACAAGUUGCUGGACAAACAUAUAGCUGAGGAUACUUUCAGUGACCAACCAUUGCAGGAUAUUGGUCGGCCAGCUAAGCCUCUUCUGGUUGUUUGCUCUUGGGCGUGUAUCGUGGGUUACGGGGCUCUCAAGUUUCUCCAACAGUCUUCGCUUUUAUCCUCAUGGAGGGGCAUUGCAUUGUCAGCAUUCAUAUUGGCCAUCGUCACCUUCCUCAUGCAAAUAUUGAUUCUCUUCACUCAGUCCGAGCGUUCAACCCCUGCCAAGGUUGCAGCGGGAAAGCCUAGAAUGACGGGGAGAGUUCAGCAACAAUAGAUCGAGCUCCCUCCUCUGAAUGGCAGUAACCUUAUGUCUGUAUCACUUUCAUUUGCUUUCGUCUGUUUUCAUUUUAGACAUGUUUUCAAGCAUAUUUUUUUGGUCAUGAAAAGACACAAGUUCGUAUGCAUUAUCAAUUCUUUGGCUUUUUUUGGUGGUAAAUUAGGGUAAUUUCUGUAAUAGACAGUUAAAAUGACUGUAGAAGCAAUGUUUACAUGAGGAUAAAAUUAGGGUAAUUCGUGUUCUGUUAAUUCUUUGACA